AUGGAUGACUUUAGAGAGGCGGUGAAUUUAUGUGGGUUUCAAGACUUGGGCUUCUCAGGGCCCCAGUAUACUUGGUGCAAUAUGCGAGACAACAGUGACCGGGUUUAUCUCCGCCUGGACCGAGCCUUUGCAAACUCCGACUGGUCAAACAAGUUCAGCAAUUGCAAGGUUUAUCAUGUUGUUGAUUCCACUUCCGACCAUUGCAUACUGAAAAUUACUGACUCUAUUGCCUCUCCCCCUCGCCGGAACCGCCGUUUCCAUUUUGAAGCUUUGUGGGCCAAGCGUGAUGAUUGCUACGACAUUGUGAAAGCCGCUUGGAACAGGGGAAGUCUUGAAAACACACCUGAAGGUAUCAACUCCAAUCUUAGCUUGUGUGCUUCUGCACUGACCUUAUGGAGUAGAGAUGUCAUUGGUAACAUUCCUAAGAAAAUCCAAGAGCACAAGAAAUUACUGAAUACUCUAACCACUCUUGAUCGGGAUGGCUCGCACAGUGUAGAAAUUAAUGAAUUAAGGAAGGAAUUAAAUGGCCUUCUGGAUAGUGAGGAGAUCCUUUGGCAUCAAAGAAGCAAAAUUCACUGGUAUAGAGAAGGGGAUAGGAACACGAAGUUCUUCCACACUAGAGCUUCGGAGAGGAGAAGGAAAAAUUCUAUUCUGGGCUUAUGGAACGAUGAUGACUGCUGGUGUGAUGACAGAGACAGCAUUGCUCGUACAGCAGUGGAUUAUUUUUCAAAGAUUUAUACAUCCAGUUCUCCCAAUAGAAUUGAAGAGGUCAUCAACACCAUUCCAACCCAGGUAACAGAUGAUAUGAAUGCUGAGCUUACUAAAACUUUUACCAGUGAAGAAGUUUUGCGGGCCCUCCACCAAAUCCACCCGACCAAAUCUCUCGGCCCCGACGGUAUGUCCGCUAUAUUCUUUCAAAGAUAUUGGAAUAUUGUUGGUAGAGAUAUUACUGAUAUGGUGCUGAAUGUGUUAAACUUUAAUUUGCCCAUGACUGAAAUAAAUAAGACUAACAUUGCUUUAAUUCCAAAAACAAGCCACCCAGUAAGAAUGACAGAAUUUCGGCUUAUCAGUUUAUGCAACGUCACGUAUAAGCUCAUCUCAAAAGUCCUUGCUAGCCGUCUUAAAGCUGUCCUUCCCCAUGUGAUAGCUGAAAAUCAAAGUGCCUUUACUACAGAUAGGCUUAUAACUGAUAAUGUCUUAGUGGCAUUUGAGCUUAUGCACUAUUUGAACCACAAAACAGAAGGCAAAGAUGGUUUCAUGUCUAUCAAGCUCGACAUGAGCAAGGCGUUUGAUAGGGUCAAGUGGGGUUUCAUCAAAAGAGUCAUGGAAAAAUUGGAUUUUCAUAACAAUUGGGUCUCUCUGAUCAUGAAAUGUAUCUCUUCAGUCUCUUACUCUGUCAUCAUCAACGGAGAAGCUUAUGGCUGCAUCACUCCCACGAGGGGCCUUCGCCAAGGCGACCCUCUUUCUCCUGGGCUUUUUCUACUGUGUGCCAAGGGUCUCUCUGCCCUUAUCCAUAAAGCCGCAAGAAAUACGGCCCUUUCUGGAAUUUCAAUCUGUAGGGGCUGCCCGGCCAUCACCCACCUUUUCUUCGCGGAUGAUAGCCUUUUAUUCUGCAAGGCUAGGGUCAUGGAAUGCAAUGUACUCAUGAGCAUUCUCGGAGUUUAUGAAUCUGCCUUUGGGCAAAAGAUAAAUCCCGACAAGUCCUCGGUCUUUUUCAGCCUAAAUACCUCUCAUGCAGCCAGAGACGAGAUCCUAAAUUCUUUAGGACCAAUGCAAGACUCUCGACACAAGAAGUAUCUUGGCCUCCCUUCCUUGAUUAGGAAAUCAAAAUCUCAAGUCUUUGCUGAAAUUAAAGAGAGAGUGGGCAAGAAAUUAGCGGGUUGGAAAGGAAAACUUCUCUCCAUUGGAGGUCGAGAAAUUCUUAUCAAAGCCGUGGCACAAGCGGUGCCCACGUACACAAUGAGUUGUUUUCAACUUCCAAAAACCUUGUGUGACGACUUGGAAAGCAUGAUGAGAAACUUUUGGUGGGGCCAAAGGAACCAUGAGUCAAAACUUGCAUGGGUAAGUUGGAAAAAGAUGUGUAAGUCCAAAUUAUAUGGUGGCAUGGGCUUCCGGAACCUCCAAGCCUUCAACCUUGCCUUACUCGCAAAGCAAGGGUGGCGGAUCCUCACUAAUCCCACUUCUUUGGUUGCAAAGGUCUAUAAAGCUAAGUAUUUUCCUUUUGAGGAUGUCCUUAACUCAAGAAUUGGAAGCAAUCCAAGCUACUCUUGGAGGAGCAUCUAUAACAGUCUUCGGGUCCUAAAGGAGGGUACUCGAUGGAGGGUGGGCAAUGGUAAGCGGAUUCACAUUUGGGAAGAUAGGUGGCUCCCAACUCCAACCACCUAUAAAGUGACCUCGCCUCAAUUAGACUUUGGCAUCUUCCCAAUGGUUUCUUCUCUCAUUGAUGAGGAUACAAAAUGGUGGAAAAUGGAUUUGGUAAGAUCUAUCUUUCUUCCCCACGAGGCUGCUGCUAUCCUUAAGAUUCCUAUCAGCUUUAGACUUCCUAAUGAUCAGCUUGUUUGGGUAGGUAACAAAAGAGGUUCUUUUACUGUGAAAAGCGCGUACUACAUAGCUAUGCGCACAAUAGAUGAUCAUGAUCUUGGUGAGUGUUCUGCUGUACACAGCCAAACCUCCUUCUGGAAAGCAAUUUGGCAUCUGAAUAUCGCUCCAAAGAUCCGGAUUUUUGCUUGGAAAGUUUGCAGAAACGGUCUCCCAACCAUGCUAAAUUUACGCUGUCGGGGUCUAAAUGUCUCUAGUUUCUGCCCUAUCUGUGACAAGGAAAUUGAUUCUAUCCAACAUGCUUUAUUUCUUUGCUCUCAUGCCAAUCUAACUUGGGCUAAUUGGCCAGAUUUCCCUGUAAGCAUUUCUUCCCCAAAUGCAUCUUUUAUGGACUCUAUAUCAAAGGUCAUUGAUUCAGGCUUAUUCAAGGAUUUAGCUCUCUUUUUCUCUGUCCUUUGGUCAAUAUGGGGGAAUAGAAAUCAAGCCAUUUAUGGGGACUCUGCUCUUCCGCCAGCCAUGGUUUGGGAGACUGCAAAAAGAGCCCAUUUGGAUUUUGUUGAUGCUAGGCUCUCCUCUCCCCCUGCUCCUCCUCCUGCCCGUGCCCAUUGGACUGCUCCCCCUGCUGGCUUCUUCAAGAUCAAUGUGGAUGGUGCCACUGAUGUUGGGGGUGGUAAUUCUUGCAUUGGAGCUGUCAUUCGGGAUUCCUCAGGCUUCCCCAUUAGUGCUCUCAGCCUGGUUCUUUCUUCUUGUUUUCCUGCUGAAGUCACAGAAGCAUAUGCUUUGCUUCAUGGUGUCCUCUUUGCCGCUGAAAUGCAAGUCCACCAAGCUCUUUUUGAGUCCGACGCUUUAGCUAUUAUUCAUGACUUAAUCUCUGAAGCUUCUGGCAGUGACUUUGGUCAUAUCCUUGAGGAUAUUCGGGUAGCAACCAGCUCCUUCAGUUUUUGUUCCUUUCAUCACUUGAAGCGUGAAGGUAACAGAGCUGCCCACUAUUUAGCUUUAGAAGCUAAAUGCACAGGCCAAACAAAAAUAUGGAAAGGAACCCCUCCCCCUUGUAUUCAGGAAAUUCUUAGUGAUGAUCUAUUGUAUUAG